GAACUAUAUUCUGUGAUUCAUGAAAAAUGCACUGGCAAUUGACUCUGAAAAGGACACACGAAAUAUAUUAGCCAGGGAAACUACGCCUUUGAAUUAUCCUCUUACAAUUAUCGUAUACCCUAAUUUUACUACAUAAUUCAUAAAAGUACCCUCUCACCUUCCAGGUAGCCUUCUCUGGAUACACCACAAGAUAACCUCCCACACUCGUAAAAUGUUCUGCUCCGGGCCCAACAGAAGGCACUCCUGCACAGUGGCUGCCGCCACUGAAGCUUACGUAAUCACUAUAUGCCCUGCCUCCCGGCGUCACCACUCGGGCCAGAACGUGGCAGCUGGCCCGUUCCUCCCUCCCCCAUCAACCUCCUCCACCUUCUCUCCACCGCCUCCCACCACCUGCCCAAACCUCCCAGUCCCAUCCGGUCGUGUGCGCACCAGCGUCCGUCCCAUGAGAAAAAUUUCCACCACAGCAAAUCCGCCAACCAUAGACAUCCGUAACGUUAGCAUCCGGCAACGUUAGAUCACCUUCACCCAUCAACGGCCCUCUCCCGUCCCCGUGAUCUUGUUCAUUGUUGGCACCCCCUUUCCCGCCGCAAAAA